CACUCUCGUCGGUCGACCGUUCAGAUAGAAGUCACUGCUGUACGCCGCAAGCAGCCGUAACCUCCAAGUGUGUGUGUGUGUGUAUGUGUGUUUUUGGUGUGUGAAAACGAGUGAAGCAAAUUGCAAAAAAAGGACACCAUGAAGCUGCUUCUCCUGUUGGGCGCACUAUGUGUCGCCGGUACGAUGGCCGCCCCGCAGAAGGAGGAGGCUGCCGAGAUGGUGGUAGAUCCCGAGGUGGAAUUGCCCGCCUUCAUGGAGAUCUGCUAUCGUGACAGUCCCGAUCUGAGCAACUGCAUCAAGAACAGCAUCCAGCGCAUGCUUCCGGAAAUGCACACCGGCAUUGAAUCGCUCGGCUUCCCGUCGCUCGAUCCGUUCCUGUCCAAGAGCACGUACGUCGACUACAAGCGCAACCAGAUGGCGGCCUCCAUGCACGUCAAGAACGCCAAAACGUACGGCAUGCGAAAGGCACAAAUUCUGGACGUUCGGGCCACCGCCACCGACAAGUUCAUGAACCUGGCCGUCGACGUGCGCUUCCCCGAGAUCGUGAUGGAGGGUUACUUCAAGGGCGAGGGACGCUUCAACAGCAUCAAGCUGGCGUCGAAGGGUUACUUCAACAACACGAUGACUGACGUUACCACGACCUGGAAGAUGUCGGGCCACGUGAAGGAGCGCGACGGUGAGCAGUACCUGGAGAUCGAAGACUUUGACAUGAGCCCGGAGGUGGGCAACAUGAAGAUCUACGCCACCGGACUCUUCCCCGAUCCGGAAUUGAACCAAAUUGCGCUCGAGUUUGUCAACCAGUACUGGCCAAUGUUCUACAAGGAGAUGCUGCCCGGCACCCGGCAGGUGUGGGAACCGGUCAUGAUUGAGCUGGUGAACAAGAUUUUCCUGCGCGUCCCUUACCGGCGACUGUUGCCCAAGGAGCAGCAAUAGAUUGUAGGGUGUGGAGGACCACAGCAAUGUAUGUUGUUGUGUUCUUUUUUCGUUUUAAGAAGUUCGGUUAUGUUGUUGUAAUAAAGAAGCCGUUGAAGCUUCCACCUUUCCUGGA